GUGAAUCUUAACAUCGCGACGAGAACGUGCGCGUUUCCACCGCUAUACGGCGCCACUGUUCGCCAAAAUUCAGAAUCGAUAUCCUCUCGCAAAUCUCGAAACGAACGAUUCGAACAUCGAAAUCUUUAGUCGAUAUUGAUCAAUGGAUAAUCAUAAUCGAAUUUUCAAGUUACACUUUCGUUAUUUCGUUGCGAUGUCCUAUUUAUAACGGAGGAGAAUCGAGAUAUUGGAUAAAUGAACUAUCGUAUAACGUGUUGUUAUAGAUGCUCUGAUCAUCACAAUGUCACGUCUUACGCUAAAGGAGUCGCCGAACGCAGCCUUAGACAAGACCUUGUUAAAUAAAUAUCUUGAUCUGCCUCAACCAGAAAAUCAAAUUCAGGCGAAGUACAUCUGGAUCGAUGGUACCGGUGAGGGUUUGCGAUGCAAGACUAGGACAGUAGAAUUCGUACCGAAACAUCCGUCAGAACUGCCGAUAUGGACGUAUGAUGGAAGCUCGACGUACCAAGCGGAUGGCGUUAAUAGCGAGAUAUACAUUUGCCCGGUGGCGAUCUACAAUGAUCCAUUUCGUCGUGGAAAUAACAAGCUAGUGCUCUGUGAUACUUACUACAGUGACAUGACCCCGACUACGACAAACAAACGUUUCAAAUGUAACGAGGCUAUGGAGGCUGUUAAGGAUCAAGAUCCAUGGUUUGGAAUUGAACAGGAGUAUACCUUCCUUGAUUUUGAUGGUAGGCCGUAUGGCUGGCCGAAAAAUGGUUUUCCUAGUCCUCAGGGGCCGUAUUAUUGCGGCGUAGGCGCCAACAAAGUAUACGGCCGCGAAAUCGUCGAGGCGCAUUAUCGAGCUUGCCUUUACGCUGGCGUGAAGAUCGCAGGUACUAAUGCGGAAGUCAUGCCCUCCCAAUGGGAGUUCCAGGUCGGCCCGUGUAGCGGAAUAUCGGCCGGAGAUGAUUUAUGGGUCGCCAGGUUUAUUCUUCAUCACGUGGCUGAGGAGUACGGUGUGAUCGUCACUUUAGACCCGAAACCCGUGGAGGGUUCAUGGAACGGUGCCGGUGCGCACACGAACUUCUCGACGAAAGCGAUGCGCGCCGAAAACGGUAUCGCCGAGAUUGAGAAAGCGAUCGACAAAUUGAGCAAACAGCACCUCAGGCACAUCCAAGCGUACGACCCACGCGGAGGAAAGGACAACGAGCGUCGUUUGACUGGGAAAUGCGAGACAAGCAACAUACACGAUUUCAGUGCCGGCGUGGCCAAUCGUAACGUUAGUAUCCGUAUACCUCGAGGUGUUGCUGAGAGUAAGAGGGGUUACUUGGAAGAUAGAAGACCCAGCAGCAACUGUGACCCGUACUCGGUGACCAAUGCACUGGUACGCACUUGCCUCUUAAAUGAAUAAACCUCGAAACUAUUCUCGAAUGGAUACAUCCGAUGGAAAGGAGAAAUUGGACGAGAAAUCUUAUAGUGCAAUAGUGAUUGUACCUUCGUCGAAUGUAUUCUGUGGGGAUAUAUAAAAGGCUUACUCGAUAAUUGUUGCUAGAAAUAUAGCUAUAAAAAGGAGAGAGGGAGGGAGAGAAUAAAUGUGAAUGCGAUAUUUAAUAGGAAUAAUUGUCAUAUCCUUUUUUUCGUUCAAAUAAUGUAUUUUGUAAAAUUUUCACGAAUCGAACGAUUUGUUUAUUUAUAUUUCAUAUUUUUAAGGGAGAUAGGAGAAUCGUUAUGUAUCUAUAUGUUUGAAUAUAUACAUAUGUAGGAAAUGUUUAUUAUUAGAUUAUUUCCCGUGCACAUAGUGUUAAUGCUUUUUUUUUUGUCUACCAGUUUAAUCCUAGCACGACAAUAAGGCGAAUUUCAUCUAUUCUGUUGUUUAGCGUUAAUUGCAUAGAUACUAAUUACAAUUACGAUUAAUGCGAUUUAUUGAUUAUUCCUAAUUCCAUUGAUCCUGGUGCUCGUUACAAAGAAAUAAAAAACAAAAUACGUACAUGAAAUAUGAAUAUGUAUAUUACUAGAUAUCGAAUGAACUUGAAAUAUUAUCUACGGCAUAUCACAUUCCUCGGAACAAAUUUUGCGAAUAAUCUGUUUAUAACGAGUCACUUGACAAUUUUCAGUUCAAUAAGUUUGAAGCGUUAUCGAUUUAAGAACACGAUAAUUUUUGUUUAAUCUUUUAUAUCAUUUUCAUUGAUACACUUGGAGACACAAAUAUAUCUAAACUAUGUAAGUUGAUAUAUUAUUUACAAAAUUGUUUGGCUGAAUGGGUAUUUUUUAUUCUAGAAUAAAUGUGAAAAUUUGUACAUUAAACACCACGCUCAAACAUGAUAUAUGUUUAUCUUUUAAAUACAAUAAAAAAAAGAAAAGAAGUGUAAUACCUCUUUCGGUACCUGAAAAUGCUAAGGGUGCCAUGAUUGUAUGUCGUUACAAUGAUGUACGGCUGUUAAUCACGAAAAAUUAGAUAUAGGCACGACAAAUUAGAAAGUUAAAUAAACACGUCCCCUUGUUGUAAUCAUUGUUUGAAUGAUCAUGCGAAUUAUAUGAAAGCGGUAAUAUAAUUAUUACCCUAAAAUAAAUACGUACGUAUAGUAACU